GUUGGAAUCAACUUGUUAGCGCAAGCACAUCACGGUUUCCGACACUUAUAAUAAGGAAGGUAUACGCACAGAAUCUCAGUAGUGUGAGAUCUCUCAAACUGACAACAUGGCAAAGUUAAUAUUACUAUUAGGUCUGGUCGGCAUGGCGCUAGCGUCGCCUUUUGACUACGACGAUUUUUUCUCACGGAACUAUGUAGAAACACCUCUUGGUAAAAGCAUAGAUACGGCCACCCUGAAGCUUCUCAAGGAAGCUUACACCUUGGCAGAGGACAAGAACGUUGUCUCAUCCCCCUUAAGUCUUAUGAUCCUGUUGUCUUUGUUCAAUUCUGGCGCAGGGCCCCAAACCAAGGAAGAAAUCACUCGUUACUUAGGUGGCGCAGACUUCGCGACAUCCUACAGAGAUUUGAGUGUGAGAUUCUCCGACCUAAACCGGGACGUUUUGACAGUUGCCAACAAGGUGUACGUGUCAAACAAGUACAACCUGAAAGACACGUUCACAUCUGCAGUCCGAAGCUACCGCAGUGAGGUCGACAAACUUGAUUUUGGAAACAAAGAGGCUGCUGCUGCUGCCAUCAACCAAUGGGCCGAUGAAAAGACGAAAGGUUUAAUCAAGGAUCCCGUCCAACCCAGCAUGCUGAACGGUGACGUGGCUGCUGCUCUAUUCAACGUUAUUUAUUUCAAGGGACAUUGGCAUGUACCCUUCAAAGCAAAUGAAACAGAAGAAAAAGAUUUCCAUGUUACCAAAGACUUGGUAGUUAAAAAACCAACUAUGCGCCUGACCCAAUCCUUGUACUAUGCUGAGAGCGCUGAACUUGGUGCUAAGAUGGUAGAGUUGCCGUACAAAGAAACAGGUUUCCGCAUGAUCGUUGUGCUCCCGAACGAAAUAGACGGUCUGCCCUCAGUGCUCGAGAAAGCCUCACAAAAGGGACUACUCGAUGAGGUCUUCAAACUAAGUCCUCCUGGUACCGAUGUCGAAUUAGAGUUGCCUAAGUUUGAAGUUAAGAGCAAACUUGACUUCAACGAAAUCUUACCAAAGCUCGGAGUAUCCAAACUUUUUGAGGAACCUGCACUUGAUGUUGUCGAAGGCCAAUCUGUGGUAGUAUCCAAGGCAUUCCAAGAAGCCUUCAUCAAAGUUGAUGAGGAAGGAGCUACCGCUGGAGCAUUCACAGCCAUAAUAUUAGUUGAAACACUAUCUUUAUCCCCACCACAAACAAUCGAGUUCAAAGUGGACCGCCCGUUUUUAUACAUGAUAAUGUAUGAAGAUAAAGUUUUGUUUGCUGGCACAUAUACAAAAUGAGGUGAUGAUCCUACAAAUUUCGGAAAUAUUUGCUUUAUUUUAAUCUCUUUGACAGAUUUAAUGCAGCAUGCAUUUUUAAGAAGCAUGUAAUGGGUUUCUUUGAAAUUUUCUUUCUAACCAACCAAUAAUAUAAUAUCUUCUGAUCAUCUUUGUUUUCUUAUCCUGUUGUUGUAGGAAGAGUGCUGCCAUUUCUUCUUCUUCUUCGUCUACUACUUUUUUUACAAAAAAAUUGACUUUAUUGUCUUCUAUUAAUAAGAGAUAUUCAAUCGUAUCGUCCGCAUUUGUAAUGCCGCUAGAAUUGUACUAAGGCUUCAGCGCGAGUUUAUCGUCUGACGGACUGAAAGCUAAGCUUCGUUACAACUGUAUUUAGUGUAUUUAAUGUUUUCAACAUAAUUAUUACCAUGAAAAUAACACAACAUCAUACACGUAGCUUACGUAUCACGUAAGCUUCCACAAAGUAGACUGACUCCAACAUUUUUCAUUUACAGCUAUAUUCUUUUCGUUGGCACUUGAAGUAGACUGUAGAAGACGCCACAUAGCGCUUUAAGUUUUUAUUUAUAGGAAUUUUAGCACACAGCUAUAACGCCAUACGUUACAAUACAGAUAUACAAAACAAAGAACUUGAACAAAAACAAGAGGCUUACAAAAUACUAACUCAUAAAUGCCUGACUAGAGUCAAAGAAACAGCUUUAAUAUUGUUAUUGAUUCCUAGUGUUACUAAGAUUCCGCUAUUGUUUAAGAGUACGAUAAUUAUAAGGUUAAUCAUGAUAAUGUAUGUGCCCUUGAAGAAAAUCUUAAAAACUGAUUUUAUUUGCCUUAUUCGUUUCAUGUAUCGGAGUAUACCACUGGUGAAUUGAAAUAGCAUCAAUUAAUAUAAUCUCUUUGUUUUGUCAUUUGCAGCGGUAAUAUUAGUAAACAAAAUAUCUUUAUUCCCGCCACAAACAAUCAAGUUCACAGUAGACCGCCCGUUUUUAUACAUGAUUAUGUAUGAAGACAAAAUUCUGUUUGCUGGCACAUAUACAAAAUGAGGCGCCAUAAUAGUAGGCAUAUCAUCAUUCUCAAGACCACCACCCCCUAAGAUAUUCAAAGUGGACCAUCCAUUCCUAUAUGUAAUUCUGCUUGAAGACAAAAUACUGUUUGCUGGCACAUACAUCCAUUAGACAGAUUUAAAUUUAAGAGCUUCACAAACAUUGUUAUUUGUGCCAUUGUAUUGAUCAAACUAUGUAUUCAAAACUUUUAUUUAUCUGAUACUUAAAUUACAAACUGAAGGCGAAAGAUGAAAUAAAUAUCAUUUAUAAAAAAUAUACAAGUGUUUUAUUUAUUCCAUAUAGUGGUGCGG